AUGGCAGGCAGCAAUGUUAGUGAGCACUCCAUGAUGCAAAUUAGGGAUGAGGACAGAAGAUAUGAUGUGAUUGCAGAAAAUAAUGGGAACAUGGCAACCUUGAGUGAAAAUAGAAAUGCCGUGGAAUUAAUAGUGUCCUCAAUUCGAGGAAGGAUUCAGCAGCAGCCUCCACGUCCCGCUUGUAGUUGCAUAUUUAGAAUCCCUAAUAUACUACGCAGGCAUAAUGAAAAAGCCUUUGUUCCAGAUUUAAUUUCAAUAGGGCCAUUUCACCACGGAGAAAAGGACCUGCAAGUCAUGGAAGAGAUUAAGCUAUGGUAUUUGCAUUGCCUCCUUGGUCGAAAUCCAACUUCAGAGACCAGUUUGGAAUACUUGGUCGAUGCCAUGAGAAGUAUGGAGCAACACUGUCGAGAUUGUUAUGAAGAAAGAAUUGAUAUGAGUAGUGAAAAAUUUGUGGAAAUGAUGGUGGUUGACGGUUGCUUUAUCAUUGAAGUCUUCCGCAAGUAUGCAAAAGAGCUUCCUUGGAAAGUCGUUGACUGUUUAUUCCACCACACAAAGGAAAAAGAUAAACCAGAAUCCAAAGCUCUACUCCUGCUUGCUGUGGAAUUCUUUGAGGGGCCUGAAUUCGACCAGGAUCCACACGCCGACAGACCAUUGGAAACUAAGCAUUUACCUGAUGUCAUAAGAAACUCUUUACUUGCCUUGUACCCGCAAGCAGAAACUCAUAGUUAUUGGGAACCGAUUCCUUCUGUCACAGAACUUCUACAAGCUGGUGUCGAAUUUAAAGUUAGAAGCGAUACUUGGGACAACAUGCUCGACAUAACCUUCAAAAAUGGAGUUAUGGAAAUCCCACCAAUAGAGAUCGAAUACAAUGCAGAGUCUCUCUUCAGAAACCUCAUCGCCUAUGAACAGUGUGAUCCAAGCAUCAUGACUUGUAGCAUUACCUCGUACGCUGUCAUCUUGGAUAGCCUUAUUAACACUAGCAAAGAUGCGGACUUUCUCAUUCAGAAAGAAAUCAUAGUUACAAAAUUGAGCAAGGAGGACAUAGCCUGUCUCUUCAAUAAGCUUUACAGUCACACUAUAGUUGGCAAUUUCUGUUACGCGGAACUCACCAAGAAUGUGAAUGCAUAUUAUCAGGACCGCUGGCACAGAUGGCAAACAAUUCUCAGACGUGAUUAUUUCAGCAAUCCAUGGUCAAUCUUUUCGCUUGCUGCCGCACUCUUGAUCCUAGGUUUUACCUUCUUGCAAACCUUGUAUUCCCUUCUGACUAACUACUAG